GCAAGAUUUCUAAGGGCCGUUUCAUCGAAAUUAUAAUUAAUUUAAUCGGCAAUUAAUUUAAUAAAAGAUUAUUAAUUCGGAAAUGGCGAUUCUCAAGGGCGCGUGUGCGACGGACUCGCGAUGUGCGCGCGCAUCCCGGAAGCGGAGGCGACGCGCGUUUUUUUCCUCACCUAUGAAGCGGCAACCGUGCACGAGUCGAGACUCAGAGCUCGGAGCUCGGAACGGUCGUCGGUGUAAUCGGAAAAUGGCGUCGUCGAAAAGCCAACGGUGGAUGGUAGACUCGGGCAUUCUCCGUAAAAAGAAUAACGACGAGGAACCGCAGGAGCUGUUGGUGUUCGGAUAUAGCUGCAAAUUAUUUCGCGAUGAUGACAAGGCGAAAAUGAUUGAUCAGGGAAAGCAUUUGAUACCAUGGAUGGGCGAUAACACGUUGAAGAUAGACAGAUACGAUGGCCGAGGGGCACUGGCUGACUUAUGGAUUCAUGAGCCACCACCAGGUGGUUUCGAUCAGAGGACGAUACUUACUGAGGAAGAACUGAAAGUAGAGCAACUCUGUGACGAGGAGCGGUAUCGAUCUCUCUACAACAAUGAUGCAGAAGAGUCUAUGUAUCAUGAAGAGGAGAUAAAGAGGUUGCAUCAAGCACUGGAUUCCGAACCUUCGUACAAUCAAAUGGGGUAUAAUUACAACGAAGAUGAGAAUGGUCACAAAGCUUCCGGCGAGGAUUCUCAAAGCCCGAAACAAUCGGAGGGCUCGCAAGAGGAAGAUCAGGCGUUCGUACCGCCUCCUGAACUGGAAAUUCCCGAAGGAAUGGUCCUGCCCGAAACACAAAAACUGAAUGCCAUUAUAACGAAAACGGCGCUGUUUAUAAGUCAACAUGGAAGCCAAUUGGAAAUCCUGAUAAAGACGAAACAAGCAAACAAUCCACAGUUUGCGUUCCUAUCGAUAGAUGAGCCGCUCCAUCAGUAUUACAAAUAUGUCCUCGAUGCUAUCAAGAGUGGAAAAUAUAAUCCUGAAAAGCAACCUGAAAAAGAAGAAACUGUAGAACCGGAGGAAGAGUCAGACCAAGAUGACGAGCCAUACCUACAUCCGAGUCUCGCGUCAUCACUUACGAAGAUUGAAGCGGCACCUAGUAUACCGAGCAUACAGUACAAACCAUCGGCGGAUUGCGCGUAUUCCAUGCUCGUGAACAAGAUCACAGGGAAACCACCACCAUCCAAGGCACCGCAGAUAUUGGACCCGGCAAUGCAAUCGAUGCCAUCUGCUGGAUAUUAUCAUCCAGUACCACCCCAGAAUUAUCCUCCUUAUCCUACACCCAUGCAGUACUCACACGGUCCGGUUAUAUAUGGAUCAAAUGGACAAGUUCAAUCGCCCUCGCAACUUGCUAUACCAUCCAUAUUAAACGAUGUGACAACUAUGCAAGCUGCCUCGCCCAAAGAGGCACCCACACCGUUGGUACCAUACGGGAUACCUGCGCAAAAGCCUUUGAGCAGGCCGUCUUUUAUCGUACCACCGGCGGACAUUCAAAUUAUCAUCGAUAAGAUGGCGAGUUACGUGGCAAAGAAUGGACGCGACUUUGAAACAAUUGUCAAGAAUAAGGGAGAUCCUAGAUUCAAUUUUUUGGAGUUGUCACAUCAGUAUCAUGGUUAUUACGCGCACAAGCUGACUGUAUACGAGGGCGCGAUAAAUCCAAAGGUGUUGACGGAGGAGCAGUUGUUGCAGAAACAGGAACCGCAAGAAGAAAAGCAGAAAAAGUUGGAGGAAUUGCAGAAGAAACAACAGCGGAUGGAGGAAGUGCAAAAGCGAGUGAAGAUGAUACAGGCGAAGAAGAAGAACGGCGGUGACACGAAAGGGAAACAAAGCGCGGGAUCCGCGAAACAGAUCACUACUGUGUCGUUCUCCAUCAAAAAGCCGAAAGAUGGAGAGAGUACGGUAAUUGAAAAAAGAAACGCGUUACCAUUGGAAGAAAGUGACGAAGAAGCGGAGGAUGACAGAAAAGAUGCCAAUUCGAAACCAGAUUCACCUCAAGAUAGUACAACCGAUCCGAAUUUUUUGAUUGCUGUCGGAGACAAGGACUUACCGAAAUCGGAAAAGAAACCAAAGAGCGAGGAUAAAGAGUUGGUAGAUUUGACGGACGAUAUUCUCGAAGAUUGUCAAAAAGAGAUCAGACAUAAGCAGGCUCAAGAAGACAGGAUUAAGGAUAAGCUGGCAGCGGCCGCGCGGGAUAAACUACUUUCCAAGGAACGGCAGUUGCAGCUCGAGAGAAAAAAGAGAGCUGCUAUAUUUCUCAGUCACAUCCAGACGCCAGCACUUAAGACCGGUUCUACUACCACUACAAUGAAUUCAAAUUCUCGAAAAGACGAUUCAGACGAAGUACAUUCCGUGCCGUCGCCAACUCUUGAUGAUAACAAGGACAAGUCCUCGCAAGAUACGAAGACAUGUAGUAAUUCACUUAUGGACCGAUUGAAGAGCGCAGAUUUGAGCGGCAAGAGAUCGCGGCAACGCUCCAGAAGUCGGAGCGGAAGUCGCUCGGAUAGGCACAAACUACAUAAGAAGCACAAGAAAAAGAAAAGUUCUCACCGAAGCAAUUAUGAUAGUUCGAGUUCUUCUCGCUCGCAUAGAUCCAAGAAAAGCAAGAAAUCAUCUUCGCGACAUAGAUCCCGUUCGCGCAGUCCCUCGCACAGACACCGGCACAAUUCACGACGGCGGGAAAGCAAUACGAGUUAUUCGGACUCCAGUUCGCCUUGAUGACAUCUCUGCUCGAUUCAAAUGAAUUUACAUUAAUGUAUAUACGUACAUACACAUAUAUUAUUAUUAUAGAAAAUGUAUAUCAUAAUGACGUACAUAUUGUAAUGACAAAUUUGAUACGAUUUUUGUCACCAAAAACGCAACAAAAUUUACUCUUCGAUCUUUCA